AUGGCUUUCAUACAAGACCCCCGCCUCCGCCAAACAUGGAACCAACUCUCGCACACCACCGAGGCCGUCACCUCGGACGCGGCCGCCGGCAUCUGGGCGUUUGGCCACAGCUACAUCACCCCUUGCUUGUCUGGUGUCUCGUCUGCCGUCGACUCGUGCACGGCCGUGUGCCUAGGCAACCGCGACGAGCGGGCGCGGCGGGCGAGGGAGCGGGAGCGCGGCGCGCGCGGAAGGAGGGUGCGUGCCAGCAGGGUGGAGUACAACUUCGACUUUUAUGAUGAUUGGGAGGACGAUUUUGCUGCUGAGGAAUUUGGCGCGGCGGGGAAUGGGGAUGAUGAGGCGGAUGGGGAGGGUCUUGGUGGUAGUGGUAGUGGGAGGAGGGGUUUGCUGGGCGGGUGGGGGGCGAGGGCGGAGGAUUGGGAUCGGUUGCUUGCUGGGACUGGGCCCGGAGGGAGGAGGUACGGAGGGGUUGGGGCCAGCGGGACCGGUGAUGUGUUGGUGGAUCAGCCCAGGAGGAAGAGGGGGAUGAGUUAUGGAACGAGAGGCGUCGGGGGGAGGAGGAAGGUGUCGGGAGAGGAGGAUCCGAAUGUCAUUCCGAGGACGGCGCCGCUGGGGUUUCUAGGGAGGUUGCCGUUCAAGAUUGUGGGGAGUCUGAGGUAUAAGCCGUCUGCAGCGAAUUUGAAGGAACAUCCGGGCGCUGGAGGCGGAGUGGGAAUGGGCCAUCAUGGUGAAGGCGGUACUGGAGAAGAGCAUGAGAACGAGCCGUUGUUGGGCAUCAAUGGUGAAGGCGACCGGAGGCGUCAGGGGCAGAGGCCGAGGAGUGAUACAACGCAUUCGGGGCAUUCGGGAGACACUUCGAGCUCGUACCGAUCCAGGGGUGAUCUGUUCCCGAGUGAUGAAGAAGGGGACGAGGACGCCGUGCCGCUGGGCGACGAGUUUGCGGUGGCCUUGGAACGAGUUGACGACCGGGGCAGCACCAGAACACGAAGCAGCAAGGGCAAGCGGCCGGCUGACAGCGGCAAAGGCUUGUCAAGGACGGUGUCACAAACUACUAUAUCGUCUACGGACACGCCGGACGAGUAUAAUAGCGGCAGCUAUCCGGUAUCCUUCCGGGAAGAGGGCGAUUUGGUACCCGUUCCUUCGUUGGAUGAUCUCCGGCGGGAAGAGGAGCAAGCGGAGAAAGAAGAACGCGAAGAAAUUGAGCGGAGGCGGAAGGCUGCGUCGCAGUUGGCGAUGGAGCGAGGGCUGAGCAAGAACGAACCCCCCGCGUCUGGGACGCGUGAUGAGGCAAAUGAUGGCUACGGUGAAGGUAUACCUGAGGAUAUCUCCACGGAGAGGCCGAUUCCCCGAGCUCCCAGCGACGGGGAAUUAGAAGACGUGGAGGAACCGAAGCCCCCUCCUGCAACAACGCCAAAACCGACACCGUCACCACCGAUUAAACCCGACGCAGCUCCCCGCGAGAGCACCUUUGUGCCUGCGCGGUUGCCUCACUUUAGUUGA